CAUACCUUUGUCCACACGUACAAACAUAACCUAAGGCCUCAAGCCCACAAGUUUAUUCCUUUUACUCCCCCCAAAAAAAUAAUAGAGACUCACCACCAAAAUACAAGUUACCCAACCCGCCUUUUAUAUAAUCCCUCCUCUGUCUCUCUCUUUUAUUCUUUCCAGUCUCUGUGCGGCAUUUUUUCGAACACCUACAGAGCAAUCUCCCUCACCCCAAAUUCCGAACCCCAACAAUGUCUCUCCGUCCAAGCAGCACUCGCGCCGAGGUGCGUAAGAAGUCGUACAAGACUGGUGUGGACGCCGACGAGGCUCGGAGAAGAAGAGAGGACAAUCUGGUUGAGAUCAGGAAGAACAAACGGGAAGAUAACCUUUUGAAGAAACGGAGAGAAGGCCUUCUCGGCCUUCAGGCUCAGCCCAUGCAGCAACUUCUCGAUGCCACCCAAACCGCCGCUGCUUUGGAAAAACGGCUGGAAAGCAUUCCUGUGAUGGUACAAGGAGUAUGGUCUGAUGAUCCUACUGCUCAAUUGGAAUCAACCACUCAGUUUAGAAAGUUAUUAUCGAUAGAGCGCAGCCCUCCAAUUGAUGAGGUAAUCAAGGCAGGUGUGGUUCCUCGGUUUGUGGAGUUUCUUGGAAGGCAUGAUCUGCCCCAACUGCAAUUUGAAGCUGCUUGGGCAUUGACCAAUGUCGCAUCCGGAACAUCAGAGCAUACACGAGUUGUCAUUGAACAAGGUGCUGUUCCCAUGUUUGUGCAACUUCUUAGCUCUGCCAGUGAUGAUGUUAGGGAGCAGGCAGUGUGGGCUUUAGGUAAUGUUGCUGGUGAUUCUCCAACUUGUAGGGAUCUUGUUAUUGGUCAAGGUGCACUUGUGCCACUACUAUCGCAGUUAAAUGAACAUUCAAAAUUGUCCAUGCUGAGGAAUGCUACAUGGACUUUAUCUAACUUCUGUCGUGGCAAGCCACCAACGCCAUUUGAGCAGGUCAGAGCUGCCUUACCUGUCCUCCGGCAACUUAUAUACAUGAAUGAUGAAGAAGUUCUUACAGAUGCUUGCUGGGCCCUGUCUUAUCUUUCAGAUGGCACGAAUGAUAAAAUUCAGGCUGUUAUUGAAGCAGGUGUCUGUCCACGCCUUGUGGAGCUUCUGCUUCAUCCUUCACCUACAGUUCUUAUACCUGCACUUCGGACUGUGGGAAACAUUGUUACGGGUGAUGAUGCACAGACUCAGUUUGUAAUUGACAACCAAGUGCUCUCUUGUCUCUAUCAACUUCUCACACAAAAUCACAAAAAAAGCAUCAAGAAAGAAGCUUGUUGGACGAUCUCAAAUAUCACUGCUGGGAAUAAAGGUCAAAUACAGGCUGUUGUUGAGGCCAAUAUCAUUCUCCCUCUUGUACAUCUUCUCCAACAUGCUGAGUUUGACAUCAAGAAGGAGGCUGCAUGGGCUGUAUCAAAUGCCACCUCUGGAGGAUCUCAUGAGCAGAUUCAAUUCCUGGUGGCCCAAGGUUGCAUUAAGCCGCUAUGUGAUCUUCUAAUCUGUCCAGACCCAAGGAUUGUGACAGUGUGCCUAGAAGGGCUUGAGAACAUUCUGAAGGUGGGUGAGGCUGAUAAAGACAUGGGACUGAAUAACGGAGUCAACCUCUAUGCACAAAUGAUUGAUGAAUGUGAGGGUUUGGAUAAGAUAGAGAAUCUACAGUCCCAUGACAACAAUGAGAUUUAUGAGAAGGCCGUGAAGAUCUUGGAGAGAUAUUGGGCCGAGGAAGAUGAGGAAGAGCAGACACUCCAGGAGAAUGGGAAUGCAAAUCAACAGGAAUUUAAUUUCGGAACAAACCAGCCCAACCUUCCCCCUGGAGGUUUUAAAUUUGGGUAAAUUGGCAGUUUAGGAUUCUGGUUUCUAGCUUUGUAGGGUUUCCUUACUUUCCCUAUUUUGGUUUAUUUUCAAACUCAUUCUCAUUUUCCCCUAUUGCCAAGGGUCAGGGUUUUUGUUCUGGCACAUAGGCAAUUAAUUGUCUAUGAAAUUUGGUACAAGUGUUAAAGAUUCAACUUGCGGCUUUCUGUCUUGAUUUAUAUUUUUAUGAUCAAUAGGUAAAAAGUUAUUAUUGUGGUUGCA